AUGGGUGCCGCCAGGACGCCGCUCCUCGCGCUCGCCGCCCUUCUGCUCCUUGCCGCCGCCAUGACCGUCGGCGGCCACGAGCACGCGCUCGCGCGCCUGGCUGAUGAUCAUCCCACCGCUGAGCGGCCGCACAAAAGCAUUGUUACACCAAGGACACAGCAGCAGCUGAAGAAGUUCUUCAAGAACCAAGCGUCGGACAUGGCCGACCUCCUCCCUAGCCAGGGGCAGCAGGGCGGCAGCAGCUAG